GAAGCGAGUUUCGGAGGCGGAUACCUUUAGGUCUAGUCGAGGAAAGACGGUCCUUAUAUAUAUGCCAAUUCUGAUUCACGAAGCCUAAACUUCGCAAGGAAUAAGUGAAACCGAAUAAAGAUUAUUAAUUUAGAUGAUACCAUCUGGAGAGCCCUACUUAUCAGACUUUCCGUGCAUAAAAUGUAAACUAUUAUUCUAUAUCUAUUAGGGAUUUUUUCUUAGUUUGUUAUAGGCAAUAUUUUGCACUAACGAAGUAGGCCUGCUGCGUUUUGACACAUGGAAUCGUCGGGCUUCGACAGCGCUCAUUUUGCACAUUGAAUUUUGGUUUUUAAUAGGAUAUCAACUCCUUUUGCAGAAGCGACAAGUCAGUGGCUCCAGAGACACCAUGUCAGAGAGACAACCAUGGUGGAAGUCCUUCCUGGGGAUCCGGAAGACCCCCGGCCAGAUGGAUACGACCCUCGAGCCAGACUUCGACCCUUUCAAACCCGAGAAAGGCGCAAAGAUGGCUCCGGGUCCCAAGCAUGGAGGUCCCAAGGCCUCGUCGCAGACCCAGCCGGGGAAUAAGGAGUCUGGCAGGGACAGCGAUGACGAGACUUACGACGACUCCCACAUGGACUCCGUCUUCAACGAACAGACUUGCCGCAGGAACAUGAGGGUGUCGCGGUCGGGCCGCUUCAAGGAGAAGCGGAGGGUGCGCUCGACCCUGCCCAUAGAGGAGCAGCAGCAGCAGCAGGACAAGAAUGGUGCCAGGAAGUAGGACCAGCGGUGACCAUGACGACGACAAUGAUGAUGAUGACGACGGCAAUAAUGAUGAUAAGGUGAAAGAAAAACCUGAAAAAAUUCAAUCGAUCAAAGUGAUUGGUUGGCCUGCACAUGAAGACGUGAUGCACAGCAGACUGUGAUGAUGGUGGUGGUGAAGAGAUGAAGAAGACUUUGCAGGCCAUUGUGGAAGGAAAGAGAGCAGCUAGUGCAUGUGUAAAUUGAAGGAAAGAUCUAUAAAAUAUAUUAUAAAUAUUUGGAAAUACUAUAUGGGGCUAUUUUUGCAUAGGCUAUUUUUGGUGGGUGCCACUGUAAAAUAACAAAAACACCUAAAUGGUAAAUAGAUUUAUUUUGUCCAGUGUUCUGAUAAUGGAUAUUGAACCAUGAAAAAGGAAUAGCAUAAUGGAUGUUUAAAGAGAUUAAAUACAGGUUAGAAAUGAAUGCAUUGAGCACUUCAGAGCCCUGACAGGUACCACGUGCCCCCCUGGUUCUCACUUUGGGCUAUUUACUGUUUCGUUUGGGGACAUAUCAGCCUUUUCUAUUGCAACUACGUGUAAAAUGAUGAAGGAUUGUGUGUUUAUUUUGAUUCUUUGAUGCUUCCUGAAGUAAUCGCUGAACAAAAUUUGGUCAGUUGACCUUUUGAGGUAGCUUUUGAGGUCCUCCAAAUGGUGAAAGUCCAGCCAUUUGUGGCAGUUGACUUUUAAGUUAUAGCGCUGUAAAUCACAUGAUUAUCUGUAGAAGCAGGUUUAUUGUGAAAAUCGUGCAAUGUUCCUCAGCAGCUUUUAAAUACAUUUAGCAUCGUUUUUACACAGUGAUUCCGUGCCAUUUAAAACAAUUCAAAUGUAUAUUUUAUACUGCUAGCUAUACCAUAAUUGAAGGAUUAAGCAAUAUAUGUUUAUACAUUUUCUCCCUAAGCUAAUACAUUUGAAGUUAGAGCUGAGAAGUGCCAUACUAGACUUUGUCAUCCAAGCAGCUUGAAGAAAUGUUGGUUCGGGUAUUUGUGAUUAGUUUAUUGGUACUUACUUACACAAUUGUAUACCGAACCACACCCAUGAUCAAUUAAUGAAGGCAAAACUUAAUAAAUAAAUAAAUUAGUAUUUUAUA